UUACUCGAUGCACUGGAUGCAUGCGUCUUCUGCAAAGUCAGCGCUUUGAUCUUAUUUCACGUGGGACGGUUAGCCGAGCAGCAGUUCUGACAACUGCUGGUUGUCCACCAAAUGCCAUGUCUACCAGCCUCUCUGACUUGGAUGGUGCCAACCACUUACCUGUUCCUAAUACACAAAUCACUUCCAAGAAUAAUCCAAAUCCUCGUUUUCCUUCCGAUCUCGGUCGACGAGCUUCGCGCAGCAAGAAAGCCCCCGGAGAUGACUCUUCACGGAAGGAAGAAGCGGGAAAUGCUAGGCUCGCAGAUGGUUCUAGCGGGAAAACUACGGGUCGAAGAGUAGUUUCAAUUGACGCGAAAUUAGGCACCUCGUACACCAGCAGUUCGGCGAAGCAUCGCAGAAGGAUCCAUUCCAUCAGCUCCUCAACUUACCAUCCUGCGGCCAUUUCUCAGAUGUUACAACAGGACGAAGAUGAUAGUUCGAAUCCGUUCUCCGACGAGUAUGAACUAUCGCAGGAAGAUUCUAGAAUACUCCAGGAUGUAGAGCGUGCGGUAAAGAUGAAGGCUCGUCGUGAAGCCCGUUUGAAGGCCGGAAAGUCGAAUCACAACCGAGCCAGCCUAAAUUCGAGUCCUUCUCAAACAAGUUCAUCUCCUUCGAAACUCCUUUCGAUUAUCCCAGGUUCUCCCACUGGUACUGCGUUUCCGAGUAACGGUUCUCCUCCGGUCGACAUUGACUUCAGUCCCUCCACUGAAACUACAAAUUAUUCUACUCCUCUCGGAUCGAGGAAGAUUCCUAGUCAUCCAGUCCCUUGGUCCUCUGAUGACGGCUCUACCCUCGAUUGGUCAGGAAUACCUGAAGACGAUAAACAUGAACGGCGUUGGACAUUGUCUAUAUCGAAAGGCAAGGGCAAGGAUAAAGAACAAUUAACAAGUGUUAUGUCCAUCGAGAAACAAGAGAAUAUAUAUUCCACCAAACUUUCGCGGAUAAAGACCUUGGCUUCACAGCAUACUCUUCAGAAGGCUGCUAUAACAAGCGACCAGUUGCAGCGUCGUUACCACUUGGCUUAUACCGCCUUAUCGAGUGGCUCCAAGCGAUACAACCUUGCAAAAGUUGUGAGGUGGUUUGACGAUCAAGAUAAGAUUGUACAGUCGGCACUCACGAAAGCGGAGCCACUGACAUGGUUGAAACAUCUCGCAAGGAAGGGUCCAUCAUCAGGUUGGCAUUUAUCAGCAUUGAUCAUGGAGGAGUUUCUCCAAGCACAAAACGUUCGCGACACAAUGACUACUAUACCCGAGGAUCCAACUCAAACGUCACCCAAACCCUCUUCUCACCACCACAGUGUACCCGCCUUUCCUUCUCCUUCUCUAGCUUCCUCCCGUUUCUCAGCACAGCCAUCAUCGAGGCACAAAUCCUCAGAAGGACGUAUUUCAUUCGAGCCAUUUGUAGAGACACGCCGUCAGUCGCUUGAGUCUCGCAAAAGUGUCGACUCUGCUCCGAGCAGUCUCGUCAGCGGCGCAUCAAUUCCGAAUUGGUCAUUGAAGGCUCCGGACAUUUUGUCUCCAGGAAAUAGUGCUCCACAUCUAGAUAGUGCUCGUUAUCACGCUGCGAGUGGCAGUGACAAUGCUGACUCACCUCGGAAUUCUGUCCACGGGCACUCGGAUGAUAGCGGUCGUAAACCCAAGCUACUUUCCCUGCAAGUAGGCGAAGUGAUUGAACGUCAGAGGAGCCAGGACUCAGCUCACGAUGCUUUCUCUGGGGAAGAAUCUCGCGUGCAGAAGUCCUCGCCCAAGGACGGAAUGCGAUCGCAAUUCAGUCCAAGUCCUCAGUCCCCUUACAGACCCACCUCUUUGAAAAGCGAAAAAGCUCUGAAGUCGCCCUUAGACACGUUCUCAAGUCGACCGAAGGUCCGAAUAUCGCUCCCGCCGCCAAUGAGGGAUUCUGUGGAAGUGGACCAUCUGAAGGAAGAAGAGGAAGACGAUAUCAAAGCGGAUCAUGAGUAUCGAUUGAAAACUGAGUACAGCACCUUUCUCCCUUCAGGCUUUCUCUGGACUAAAUCACCCGCAGGUUACUCGAGGAAUGCAAAGCUCAGAAUUUGCGGGUCCGCGGAUUAUUGAAUCGUAUAGCAACCGGUGUGAAGGACUAUGAAACAUGUCAGACUAUCCUGAUGACUUUUUUGGGGUUGCCACACACCGGUCUUUCCCCAGAACUCAUGGACGCCUUCAUGCACGACCCAGCGGCGGUCACAGGGCAUACGAGACGGUACACUGGUUAUAAAGCAGUUGAUGAUAUCCACGCUCGCUUAGCUCGUCAACGAGCGAUCUUUCGUGCUUUUCUCCAGCAAGAUUCAGGGAAGGGGGGGUUUCCGAUUACGCAUGAUGUCCUGCAAGAUCCUAUCACGGCUUUAAUAGAAUCUAUAACCCAAUUAGAAGCGCAUCGGAAUGCCAUUACAGAGAAGAAUGCAGAAGUAUUAGAGAUAUUGGAAGAAACUCAAGCAGUGCACAAUCAGGUUAAAUAUGACUAUAAACGCACUGCGGCUUACGCUUCGGUUAUAUAUCCUGAGAUCUCCCAAAUUCAAGCUCUCGAAGAAAGCUACAAAGACCACUACCAGCACUUUUGGGAACUGGGUAUGAACAGCCUAACGUUUAUCUUGGACGUUGUCGCACCAUUCUGGAGAACAUACGGCAGGACGAUUGGUGUUGACGUCCAGGACUUUCUUAUAAUACCUCUCUAUCGUAACGAGUUCACCGGGGAGGCGAAGCGGUACCCUAUCACUCACGUACCAAAACGAUCCUUUCGCCAUUGGGUUGCCUUGGCAGUUCUUUUCUGUGGUUGCGCGCUCCUAACGUUGCUCCAAGUGUAUUUUGGGCUGUCAAUGUUGUCUCAUCUCAGGCUGCAGCCCAUCACUUACGUACGUUGGGUAAUUCUACCGAUAUUUUGGGGCGUGAUAUUAGGACAGUGGAUUCUAGUGGGGAUUUCGACCUGUAUUGUUCUCCUGCAGGCGGUGACUGUGUGUUGGUGGCUGGGUUGGUGUGUCGGGCUAUUUACGUGAGGUUCGGGAUUUUGGUGAACAUAGGACUCGCUCGCUUUCAUAGAGAAUGACUAUUACUAAUUACCACUUGUUACUUAUAGCGUAUUAUUAUUAUGGUGUAUGUAUAAAUGAACAGGAUACUGUACGUGAGUUGCAAGU